AUUUAUUCGUUUCCAUUUCCUUUGCACCGGCCAAUCACUUCAUCACUCUUUUCUUGCGCCAUUACCUUUUGUCAUCAAAUUCAGACACACUCGGGAUCAUCAGUCUCUGGUACCUAGGCAGACCUUGGCCUCAGUCCUUUUCCCAUAGAUUUUCUUGAAGAUUUGGUAUAUAGAUUUUUUUUCUUGGCCAUCACUUCACAGCUGCCGUUCCUACGCUUUGGCUGUCUCUUUGGUCCUCAGCCCCGCAACCCUUCGACUCACGAUCCUUAAUUAAACACGCGCUCCACGCAUACACAUAUCUGAAUCGACACCGCCUCUUCGAUAGCCAAAACAAAAACGUAGAAUAAUUCUCAUUCUCCCAUCCGCUUGAUCUGCGAAAUUAAGAAAGUCAAGCAACCUCUAAUGGCCAAUUUGCCGCUCAGGUCCUUUCCUCAAAACUUCAUUAAUACUGUAUCUACGGCUAAAACCGCACCACGUUACAUGUCCAAACGGCCCAUAUUAUCCAUCACGAUUCCUGGCCCGGAUGCGGUGUUGUCAAGAACCGAAAAUGAAGUCUCCUGUUUCUCACCGGACUCGCCCGAUUCGCCUGAUCCCGAGGUCAUGAUUGACAGUACAAGUGACGAAGAAUCAGAGAGUGAAGAAGCAGAAGCCCAAACAUGGAUUUCAUCUCCCGCAUCCGAGUCAAAACGAGCAAGCUGUUGUUUGGUCACCCAAGAAACCGGAACAUCCGUUCAAACCCAAUGUUGGCCGACGCGAGCCACUACUUGCUGAAGUCCAGUCCGAAUAUCCUCCUCGUUGGAAGUCUUAUACUUAGUCCAAUGAUCCCUCAGUUCGGAUACCUCAUUCAUCGAUGCAACGCCAAGGAACCUUUCCAAGACCCCAUUCCGUACCUUGCACCAUCAUCUGUCACUAUCCCCACUCGAACUGUUUGUUAUUGUUCUAUCCAAUAGAUCUCUAGGUCUCAAGUUGUAACGAGACCUUUGACCCGCUUCGAUACACUUCCAUGUUCAUCCUUCUCUGUCAAUAAUUCCUCGUCAUUACAUCAGCACUUUUAGAUUUGCCUUCACGUACAUACUUGUUGAUACGUCUUUUUAUUACUUUAUUUUAUAUAUGUCUUAGAGAUCAUCCGGCUCACAACAGCUUCGGCCUGUAUUCACUUUUUCUUCUCGCUUCUUUUCAUACCUAAACAGUAUAUAAUUUUUAUCACUUCUUUGUCUUAUCAAAUGACGACCAAAUUAUAACAUGUCUGGCAUUUCCGUCCACUAACUAAUGUUGAAACCUGAUAUGUCUUUCUCUCAUAAAUCUCCGCUCAUCUUUGGUUGUCAGUGUCUUCUUGAUUGGCCCACUUCUUGAAAAAAUACAUCUAUACCCUGUG